ACUCCACACAUUUUCUUGUCUUCAAACUCACACAAAGAAAUAAAAGUCUCCAAAGCUCAAAAAAAAAUGACUCGACCGUCAAGAUUGCUCGAGACGGCGGCGCCGCCACCACAACCGUCGGAGGAGAUGAUAGCAGCGGAAUCCGACAUGGUAGUGAUCUUGUCGGCUCUUCUUUGCGCUCUUAUAUGUGUAGCUGGUCUCGCCGCCGUCGUACGUUGCGCUUGGCUCCGGCGAUUUACCGCCGGAGGAGAUUCGCCGUCUCCGAACAAAGGCUUGAAAAAGAAAGCUCUUCAGUCUCUUCCAAGAUCCACUUUCACCGCCGCGGAAUCCACCUCCGGCGCCGCCGCUGACGACGGAGACUCAACGGAAUGUGCUAUUUGUCUCACUGACUUCGCCGACGGCGAAGAGAUAAGAGUGCUUCCUCUUUGUGGACAUUCUUUCCACGUGGAGUGUAUUGACAAAUGGCUAGUUUCUAGGUCUUCUUGUCCUUCUUGUCGCCGGAUUCUUACGCCGUUGAGAUGUGACCGGUGUGGUCAUGCUUCUACGGCGGAGAUGAAAGAUCAAGCUCAUCGUCAUCAACAUCACCAACACUCUUCUUCUACCAUUCCAACGUUUCUUCCUUAAUUAACACUAAUUUUUGUUUAUGGCAAUAAUUAAUUGCAUAAAAAUUAUGUAAAGUGAGUUUAAUUAGGAAUAGAGAGAUCUUAAAAGUUUUUUCUCUUCGUUUCUUGUUGUUGUAAUCCAUUGUACUUAAUCAAAUCUCAGAUGGAGU